AUGUCGGACUCUAAGAUCAAAGGGAGCUGUGUCUGCGAGAAAGUUCGCUAUGAACUAACAGGUCAGCCAGCCACCAACAUCAUCUGCCAUUGCGAUACGUGUCGCAAAACCACUGGGUCCGUCUUCAUGGCAAACAGCGUAUAUAUGAAAGAGAACUUCAAGAUCAUCACCGGAGAAGACGUUCUAAAAGUAUAUAACGAUAAACCACCGGGUUCGAAAAAUACGAUUCACCGACACUUCUGUUCAAACUGCAGUUCACCUAUCUACACGACUUCGACGGGGACACCAGAACACGAGAUUGGGCUUACUGUCACGUCUGGUACAAUGGAUAUUGGGAAUGACUCGUGGAAACCUUCGAUGGAAGUAUUUUGCAUGAGGCGGCGGGGGUUUAUAUGCCCGUUUGGAGGAACAGAUAAGCAUGAAGAAAAUCCGAGAGGAGGAUACUAG